AUGACGGAUUCUUCCCGGGGAAGACAGAUGUCCAAGACCUUCAGUGACCUCAAGUCCCCACUAUCCACGUAUUCUUCGAUUGACGAUCACUUUCCAUCGCCUAGCGAGAUGAGAGGGGAUGAGACCAACCCUGCCAACGAGCAACCCUCAGGGCCAUUGAAUCCAGAGGCGCGAUUCCAGGCACUGAAGGGUUUCUACAAGAGUCAGAUAGCAUCAACCUCCUCAUCACCUAAUGACCCCCUGGCUGAUUUCGGAGCGGGAUUCUCUUCCCCGGGGGCCCUGAAUCGCAUCAUGUCCCUCUACACCUCAUCAUCCCGUCUCGGCAAUCUCUAUGGCGGUACCAACAAAAAACCGAAAUCCAAACCGCCAGUCAUGCGAGAAGCUCUCACAACCAGCGAAGGACUAAGGGUGCCGGCGCCCGACGCAGAAAACGCACUAAUCCGACGCAUGGCCUCCGACGACUGCGGAUGGGACGGAAUGGCUUCCAUCGAACAGCGUACAUUCCAAUCCCCCGACGCACGGUUCGUAGAAGACCUCCUCCCGCUGCCGGUGCUACUUCGCACGAAACGGUCGAAACGUUGCAAGUCGUGCAAGCAUAUCCUUGUCAAACCCGAGUUCAAACCGCAAUCGACUCGGUUCCGCAUCCGUCUCAUCGCCCUCAGCUACAUCCCCUUGCCAACCCUCAAACCCCUAGUCCCCAGCCCCUUUGCGGGACUUCCGUCCGUCCCACCCGCCGCGGCGCCAAACCUGGACGCCCUGUCACCGCUGAAAACCGUGCAGCUCCUGCUCACCCUAAAGAAUCACAUGUUUGACCCGGUGCGGGUGACACUCGCCACGCCGUCGGUGACACCCGGGCGCGUGGCCUCAAAAGUCACCAUCCUGUGUCCGCAAUUCGACAUCGGCGCUAACAGCGACGUGUGGGACGAGGCCCUGCAGGGCUCCACCGAGAAAGUCGCAGAGGCCGGGAAAGUGUGGGACAAGGGACGUAACUGGACCACCGUCGUCCUGGAGGUCGUACCCGGGACAUUACCCGGCGGCAGUGCCACAGGACGUAACCGCAUGAAACAGCAUGAUGAUGACAACGACGACGAUGAUAACGAUGACUCCGAUGUCGACUCCGACGGCAAUGCCAAUGCCCUGGAUUGGAGCGGACAAACUAAGGACCCUAAUCAACAGCUUCAGCCGGACGAAGAUAUCCUGGAGAUCCCUGUCUUUGUGCGCAUGGAAUGGGACUCCGAGAACCAAAUCGACCAGGAGCAGUCGGUUGGUAAGGGACAAAAUUCAGACACGGUCAAGAGGGAAUUGGCGUAUUGGAUGGUGUUGGGGGUAGGGCGGAUUAGUCCGGAGAUGGGAUUUUAG